AUGAAGUUCAUUAUCUCUCUCAUUGCCCUCGCUGGAGUCGCUCUGGCCCAGAGCGCUGAUAUUGGCCUCCCCAAGGAAAACCAGAAGGUUAUUGCUGGAGAGGAUGUGGUUGUCCAGGUCCAGCGUCCUAACACUUUGACUGGAUCCGAGGAAAUCAACGUUUCCAUUGGCUUCACCUCUUGCCCUAACGGUGGCUGCCCCCCUGCUGAGGAGGAGCUCGGCACCGUUGUAUACAGCGGAAGCUUCACCCCCGAGUACCAUGAAAGCCCUCUUCCACCAUACGAGAACUUCACAGUCAAGGUUCCCUCCUCUUUCGCUCAGGGCAAGGCUCAAGUCAAUGUCGCCCAUUUCGCUCUUGUCGGCGCUUCAAAUGUGCCUCUAUUCGAGCCCCUCAACCAGACCAUCAUCGUCGCCUAA